AUGUAUUUAAACAAAAGGAAAGUCGGAGAAAAAUCCAUCAGACCUUCUCAACCAAAUGAUGAUAAGAAAGCUAUGUACUCUGCAUUGGGAAUCUUACAUAGCAAUUAUCCAAGAGCUGACAUGAGCCAGAACGCAGAGGAUUUCGCUUUUGCAGGACAUAAAAACAGGCAGAUCAUUCCUUCUGCAACAGGAAGUGUGCUCGAUGGUAGUCAUGUUAAUGGAGGAAGCAACUCUGCUCGUGGAAUUGAAAGUGACGCAAAAAGCAACGAAGCGGAUAGUGGCUUUAGGGAACACGACAACAUGAGCCAGAAUAGUAACGACUCUGAAAGUUACAUGGAAAUGAAUGUUGUCAAAACUGGGAGUUUUGAGAACCAUGCCCGUUCUUUAUCAACAGCUGAAGACAUCCAAAGUCAGCUCGUCAUGGCUCAAGGGAGCAGCGAAGAAGCAUUUAAGGAAGAACUUUUGCGCUUGUUUGAGGUGUAUUUCAAAACCAAAAUGGAGGAACGUAUGCAUGGUUUUCGAAGCAGGCAAAUGGAGUGGGAAGAAGCUUCUAAAACAGAGAAAGAGAGACUUGGGAGUAAACUGGCCAAAGAGAAGGUGGAAAUGCAGAGGCAAUUUGCUGAUGCGAUAUCCAAACUAACGCAUUCAUUCAGCGAGGAAAGAAAUCAUAUUGAGCAGUGCUACGAAGAUCAGGUGAAACAUCUUAAAGAUAAGCUUUCACUGGAACAAAAGCGAGUUGAUGGGAAAUUUGAAAAAGAGAGAGUAGAGCUCAAGGAAAAGCUUGAAGCAGAAUAUCAAGUAAUGUUGACGAAGGAAGUGAUGUAUGAAAAACAAGAAGGACUGCGGGAAAGAUCAGAGAUGAAGGCAAGGUUUAACAAAGAUAAAUUUGAGCUCGAAAAGAACUUCAACCAACAGUUGGCUGAAGCUGAGACAAGUUUGCAAAAGGUUCGGAGUGAAUUGAAAGAGAGUAUGCGAAUGGAAAAGGAAAGUCAGGAAAGAGCAGUGGAAGUUGAAAUGAAGCUGAAGGAAGAGAGACGGCAGAGAUUAGAAGUGGAAAGCGAACUUGAGCAAGUGAAGGAGAAAUAUUCCAACAUAGAGGCCCAAAACGAAAAGGAAAAUGAACAACUUAGAGGCAAAAUCGAUGUACUUCAAGAGGAAAUUAAGGGUAAAAACAUCGAAAUAAAAAGGCUUCAAGAAGCGAAUCAAGAGAGUAACACCAAGAUACGAGCCUUAACUCGUCACCUUCAAAAACGAGUAAAGAGGAACAGUGAAGUUAGUGUUAAGAGUCAAGAAUCCGCAGAAGGAAAAGACAGCGAAGACAGAUCUAGUGCAAACACUGCUCAAUCAAGUGCAUGGAAUCAACAGGGAAGCGCGAGGGCGUUGGCUUCUCCUACUUUGGAAACUGAUAAGAUGAUUAAAGUCUACGACUCUAAGUUGCGUUUGACUCCUGACGAGCGUAAAAGAAUUUUGGUUUAUGUCACUUUCGAGAAACAACCUGAUCAAGGUGUCUAUAGGAUUUUAAACGCUAUACUGCCAAAACAGCCUGUUUCUUCCACCGUUCGCGUUUUGAUGACCUCUGAUGAUGGAAAAGAAGAGGAAGUUAGUAGUGAACAGUGA